GAGAGUAACCCGGCGCUCUCUAGCAGCAGCUGAUAGCAAGGCCUGCCUCCAGCACUGUCAAAAAGUUUGCAUCUUGUGAAUUGGCAUGAGCGGUGCCUAUAGUGGGACCCAAGAUGGGGAGGUGCUGGAAGGUUUCUUGUGUCCGUUAUGUCUCCAAGACCUCACCUCCAUCACACAGCUCCAGGCUCACUUCGAGGAGCAGCAUGAAUCUGAAGAUAAGGCUGUACUCCAGUCACUCAAAGGCUUCUUAAACAAGGCAAAGAAAAAACUACUUAAUGAGGAUGAGCCAGACUUUGUAUCAUCAAAAGUUCGCACUCCCUUUGAUGGCGACACAGUGGAGUAUGAACCAAACAACCCGUGGAACUGGGAUCCUCCACCUUUGGGACCUUCGAGGAGUCACACGGCCCUUUUCAAAAAGAUAAGAAGUGCAAGAAUAGACUCCUUUGUUGCAGAGACCAACAAAUUACUCAUCAGAUUAGACAAACUGCUUAAAGAUUUGCCGAAUGACCCAGUGAAAAGAAAAGCUCACGAGCGCAACAUUGUCAUGUGGGCAGAGGACAAGGAUGUACCACUAUGUCCAUUUUGCGCUCGUUCAUUCAACCUGGCUCGUCGCCGCCACCAUUGCCGGCUGUGUGGAGGCAUCAUGUGUGACGAAUGUUCCCAUUUUCUCACAUUUGAUUAUGCAAGAAAGCUUGUAAGUCCAGUUCACCAAGGGAGCCAAGACGCAAUGUCAGCGUUGAGUAUUAGCAGUGGGGCAGGCUCGGGUAUGUCUUCUCUCCUCUCGGGCAUCUCGGGUCUCCGUCGUUCUGGUUCACAGGGCUCCCUUAAUUCCCUACUCUCUGUGAUGGAUUCUAUGACAGCAGAACAACAUUUUCGUACUUGCGCGCACUGUAUGACGCGCCUUCAAGCCAGAGACAGCCAAGUAGAGCAGCGCAUGUCAAAGCCAACACUUUCCCUCUACUAUGAAAAAUUGAUGGAAUAUAGAUCUCAAAUUGAGAGCCUUUUGCCACAGUUUAUACAUAUGGCAGAGUCGUUAAGAUGUGGUGAAACUACAUACAGCCUACGGGAUGCCGAGGAGCUGAGGAUCAAGAUUCUUAAGAAAGGUGACAGUCUCAACUCCAUGGCCCAGCGUGUGCGGACUCUUGGUAGCACCACAGGGCAAGAUGUGACAGAUGCAGCUGUGAGCAACGUACCUCCUCCAGGCCCACGACAAGAGCUUCUUCAACGCAGGAUACAAUCAACCGCAACAGGAUUUCUUAAAGAGCGUAUUCUUAGCCUACCCAAGCUUCCCAGCCACCAGGAGUUGAAGGAACUGCAAGAGAGGAGGAGAUUUGAAGCUGAAGCACGAUUAGCAGCAGAGAAGGAAGCAUUACGCAAAGCUGAGGAGCAUGCUGCCGAGAUCUUACGACGCCGUGACAGAGACUCGAGAGACUCGCCACGCUCCACACCGUCACGCUCCAGUAGCGUCACGCCUCCGUCUUUUGCCAGUCUUAAGAAACGCCAAGAGGAAGUACUGGUUGACACAGGCUGGGGAGCCAAUUCUUCAGCUCACAACGUAACCGAGACGGAUGAGCCCAUGAUCCAACAGAUGAAUAUUAUUAGGAAUUAUAUCAAACAAGCUAGGGAAGCAAGUCGGUACGAUGAUGUGCCAUUGCUGGAAGCUAACCUACGAGAGCUGCAAGAGGAGUAUAAAAAACAACAGAGACUCAUGAAUCCAUAGUGAACGUCAUGAUGACAGCUUAUCAAUACUCACUCAGUUUGUGUACGUGAAUGAGUGUACCGACUCAACAGUGCAUGGAAACGAGCAUUCUAAUGACUUGUACAAAGUUUUCAUCUUGUUGACAAGAUUUUUGUGGAACGCGUUGUCAGAAUUCCGAAUUCUGGACAGGGUUUUCUUCUGUAAGUACAGUAAAGGCAUAACCAGGCUGUCUGAUCUGUCUAUCCUUGUUUCUGUUAUCGAGUUUUAGAUUUAGGCAUCAUUAAGCCUUCAUUAUAAAAAAAAAGUAAAACAAUAGCGACUUCAAAAUUUGCCAUUACAUGUAUAUGCAAUUGAAAUUUUUUUUAAUAUGGUAUAAACAUUUUUAUGUGCUAUUUAAUGCUGUUAUAAGAUCAGCACCUCUGAACUUUUAAGUUGGUAGUGAAGGCCACAGAAAUGGCAGGAACUUCUUUCAUGACACCUUCUUAUCUUGAGAGGAUUUCGGGGCUUUAGUGUCCCUGCGGCCCGGUCCUCAACCAGGCUUCCAUCAAGUGAACUAGCUCGUACCUUUGAUAUUAGCGGAUGAGUCGUACAAGAGCCAAAGUAACAAGGUAUUUCUUAACAUCAGUAUUACAGUUUUAAUUCACAUUUUUGCACUUUAUAUCUUGGUCUUUUUAUACUGUACGUUAAAAGUACAGUGCUAUAGCCUGGUAAGUGAGUGUCUAGUGAUGUGCUCGUAAAAAAUGUGUGUCAAAUGGAAAGGUAAGUGUUUUUUAUGUGAGAAAAAGUGCUGUUUUCUAGGGGUAACUGCAUUAUAUGUGUGAGAAAAAGUGCUGUUUUCUAUGGUAACUGCAUUAUGUGAGAAAAAGUGCUGUUUUCUAUGGCAACUGCAUUAUAUGUAAGAAAAAGUGCUGUUUUCUAUGGUAACUGCAUUAUAUGUGAGAAAGACCUGUUUUCUAGGGUAAGUGCAUUAUAUGUGCAAACAUAGGCAGGCAAAUUUGGGGAAGGUGGCGUGUGUGUUCGCUGUCCUGGAUCGUAGCCGGGUUGGUUCUCACCACUGACCAAUGCCUGUAUUCCAUACUAAGUACGUGGUUAUAUUUCAUAAAUAAUGUAAAUAUAUUUUGAUCAAUCGUUGAUUUGGCUGGGCUUCAUUGAAACGUUUACCUCGGAAGAUAGGGAAGAGCGGUAGCUCUGCAUACAUCAAUAUUAGAGUUGAAUGUUGUAUUCGACAAGGUGCUUGCAUAUGCAGGGUUGUCAUUUUAAAGCAACUAAAAAUCAAUUUUCCCAUUGUGCUUUCCCAUGUUUAUUUUACUGUCAUGCCUUCCAUCAUCUUUAUAUAUAUAUAUAUAUAGAUAUAUAACAGUGAAAGGACUCGUCGUUAUGAAAUGCACUUUCAGUUAUUUAAUAUCAUCUUCGUAUCGUGUGUGUGUGUGUGCGUGUGUACUCACCUAUUUGUGCUUGCGGGGGUUGAGCUUUGGCUCUUUGGUCCCGCCUCUCAACUGUCAAUCAACUGGUGUACAGAUUCGUGUGUGUGUGUGUGUGUGUGUGUGUGUGUGUGUGUGGGGAUUGUAGCAAUGUGAACAUGUCUGUGAUUCUGUGCACCUCUCUUCCUCUAUGUGCUGGUAGUGACAACCCAUCAAGCAUGUGCACUAUUAUAGUAAGAACAUAAUCUAAGGAAAGUAAGACUAUGCAAAUUAAUUUUAAAGUCAGAUUAAUUUUCAAAGUCAAGUAAUAAUGGUAUCCUGAAUAAACUUCAUGAUUGAUUCCAAAUUCACUUUCUUCUGUAUAAAUCUUUUUUUUUUUUUUUGUUAUAUAGUUUCACUUAAUACUUAUUGUUGAUGUACAUUAUAAAUUAUGCAGGCGAUGAGUCACAAUAACGUGGCUAAAGUAUGUUGACCAGACCACACACUAGAAGGUGAAGGGACGACGAUGUUUCGGUCCGUCCUGGACCAUUCUCAAGUCGAUUGAUAAAUUAUGUAUAUGCAUAUAUGUAAUUUUUCAAUGUACAGUAUAUAAAUAUAUAAUAUAUAUAUAAUACUGUAUAUAUAUAUACUUUUUUAUUGCAUGCACGCACAUUCGCUCAGUCCCAUCCAUCACACUUCAUUCAAAUAUUAUUUAAGAAUCUAAACAAGAAAUCUUUCUGAAUGCUGUUCAAAGGCUAAGUAACACUAGUUUUGGAGUAUGCAGCACCAGCAUAGAGCCCCUCAUCUUAGGAAACACAAAACAGAAGAAUUAUAUAAAAGCUCAUUGAUUGAUAAUGAGACUUACUAGAAAUUUGAUAUUGAAGCUGUUAGUAUAGGCUCAAAAAAGCUAAAACUUCAAACACUGGAAUAGAGAAGAACCAGAGUAGGCCUAAUUUUGACAAAAUACUAAAUCAUAGAUGUCAUGAACUAAGACUGUGCCAGAUAAAGUCAUUGAAGGAAACUACUGGCCUAGUUGAGCCACAGGGAAAUUAGUAAAUAUGCAUUCAGUGAACCGUCGUACACUAAUUCAAAUUUUACGAUGAAUUUGACGUCGCAUGCCAAAAACUUCAUACUCUAGGGCAGUCGUCAACCGAGAUUGAAAGGUGGCAAUGGACAGGAUGUACAGGAAAUGUACCUGUACCUGUACCUGGGUGCAGGUACAGUUCAGAAUUUAGCAUAUGACAGUGAAAGUUAUGAGAAUAGUUGACUCCAGAUUCUUGAAUGUGAAUAGUCGAGCCCAAGAAUUGUUCCUGCUUGUAUGUGCUAUUAGGUAUGCACUAUUUGAUAAGCAUUCACUCAUUCUGUACAUACAUCAACAUAAAGCAAUGUAAGGUCACAUAAUUAGAAUUUGGGUAUACCAAAGAUUACUGUAUUGAAAACUCGUGAAAUGUUUUUUGCAUCUUUAUAUAUAUAUACUGUUUCUGACAUAACAAAAUACUGUACAACUUUAUCAAUUGUGCCUAAACUAAUUUUAACAUUCUUUUACUCUCCUCUGCUUCUUACAACAUAUUAUAUGACAUGUAAUACAAUUAAAAAAGUGCUGAUACAGUGUUUCUUGUAUUUAAGUACUUUUCCUAGAUGAUAUCUUCAACAUUCCAAGCACCAAAUAUCAUAAAUUGUUUCCAUACUUUAUUACCUUCUUAUUUAACAUGAUCAAAGAUAUAAGCCAUCAUCUUUAUUUACUGAUUAUUAUUGUUUGUAUGAUGUGAUUGAGUUGUAUGACUGCAAAGAAGAAAAUAUAAAUUGUGAAACCUGCAAUGAAUAAAUUGUAAAAGGUUGAACUUCAUUUGAGGAAAUUAAAAAAUUUGUGAUGUAUACA